CCACUCUGGCGCGUCCUUUCGUUCCACGCCUGGGCCCGGCCUUGAGCCCUGCCUACCCGCCCAAGCCUAAACCCCUCCUCCAUCGCCUAGCCCGAACCACCCCACCGGACCUGAGUCCGCCUCCCGGGGGCGGAGCUGCGACAGGUGGGGAUCCGGGGCGUGGCGAACGUCACGGGUCGCCAGGUGCGGCUUCCGCGUCAAGAUGGCCGCCGCCUGCCUCCUUGGCGUCAGGCUCCCGCUCCGUUGCCUUCUCUCCGGGGCCCGGCUGCUGCGCAUCGUCCUCUGCUUACUGUGCUGGGCCCCGGAGACUGUGCGUGCCAUCCCCGAGCUCGGGCUCUGGGCAGCGACUGUGAACGACAGAUCAGGACCUUUGAUAUUUAGGAAAACUAUGUUUAAUUCUACUGAGAUCAAGUUUUCUGUUAAGUCAUUCAGUUGUUCCGGGCCUGUGAAGUUUACCAUAGAGUGGUAUUUAAAACAUCAUACCUGUCAAAAUGAAUAUUCUAGGCUGGAAGAAGAGCUGUCACAAAACCAUGAACUUAGUGUUGCUGAAGACCUUUGUGACCAUUAUUUCAAGAACACUGAGUGCUGGACAACAAAAAAUGAAAACUUAGAUUGCAGCACUGGUUUACAGCUGUUUCCCCCACUGAAUAAUAAGGAACUAAUUACAGAGAACAGAAAUGUUUCAAACCAGGAAGGAUCAAUGGAUGUUGUAGCCAGAACACAGAGAGACGGGUUCCAUAUCUUUAUUGUUUCUAUUAAAACAGAAAAAACAGAUGCAAGGUGGAAUUUGAAUGUUUCUCUUUCUAUGGUGGGGCCUCAUGGAUAUAUUUCUGCAUCAGAUUGGCCUCUAAUGAUUUUUUACAUGGUGAUGUGUAUCGUCUAUAUCUUAUAUGCCAUACUGUGGUUGAUGUGGUCUGCCUGUUACUGGAAAGAUAUAUUAAGAAUCCAGUUCUGGAUUGCAGCUGUUAUUUUCCUGGGAAUGCUUGAAAAAGCAGUUUUCUAUAGUGAAUAUCAAAACAUCAAUAAUACUGGACUAUCAACCCGAGGUUUAUUGAUAUUCGCAGAGCUGAUAUCUGCAAUUAAGAGGACCUUGGCCCGCCUGCUUGUGAUCAUCGUGAGCUUGGGUUAUGGCAUCGUGAAGCCUCGUUUAGGAACAGUCAUGCACCGGGUGAUUGGACUGGGGGUGCUUUACUUCCUCUUCGCAGCUGUUGAAGGCGUGAUGAGAGUCAUUGGGGCAAAUGACUCUGAUCUUGUGCUUCUGGCCAGCCUCCCCCUCUCUCUCCUUGACUCUGGCUUGUGCUGGUGGAUUUUUAUAAGUUUGGCACAAACUAUGAAGACUCUAAGGCUAAGAAAGAACACAGUGAAAUUUUCAUUAUACAGGCACUUUACAAAUACUCUGAUCUUUGCUGUAGUGGCUUCUGUAGUGUUUAUGGUAUGGACAACUAAGACAUUUAGGAUUGCAAAAUGUCAGUCAGAUUGGAUGGAACGCUGGGUUGAUGAUGCAUUUUGGAGCUUCCUUUUUUCGCUUAUUCUUAUUGUAAUAAUGUUUUUGUGGAGACCAUCAGCAAAUAAUCAAAGGUAUGCCUUCAUGCCCUUAAUAGAUGAUUCUGAUGAUGAAAUUGAAGAAUUCAUGGUAACGUCUGAAAAUUUAACUGAAGGUAUAAAAUUAAGAGCUUCAAAAACAGUUUCCAAUGGAACAGCUAAACCUGGUACUUCUGAUAAUUUUGAUGAAGAUUUGAAGUGGGUAGAAGAGAAUAUCCCCUCUUCAUUCACAGAUGUAGCUCUUCCAGUAUUAGUGGAUUCAGAUGAGGAAAUCAUGACCAGAUCUGAAAUGGCAGAAAAAAUGUUCUCUUCAGAGAAGAUAAUGUGAUUUGAACCCAUAUAAAUGAGACCUAGUUCAUGGUAAAGGGCCUCCUCAAGACUAAGACUAAGAGAGCUUUGUUCUGAUAGAAUGCCACAAGUUUUUAUUGCAUUAUCUUGGAAAUCUAUGCAUGAAAAUUAAGAAUUCAGGUGGUGGGAAGGUUCUACAUCCCUUUUUAAGCUACUCUUGAGUGUCAGUUUAAUGUUCAUUAUGUUGCCUAGACAUGGAAAUAACCUAAGAAAAGUAGUAAGGUAAACAUGUAUGUCCAAAUGCCCUUAGCAUACAGGUGGCAGGCAUGUGGAUUUCUUUUCUCUGGAAAAUAUAACAGUUUCAGAUUGAAAAACAGUUUUUACAUCAGCACUCCUACUGUUCUCCCACUGACCUUUGAGAGAUGAUAGGAUUUUCUAAUGUGUGGUAAAGCAGCCUCACCCCUCCUGUUUAUAGCUCUAGAUGCAAUAAUUUUCUUUGACUUUUAAACUGAAGUGUUAAGUGAUAAGGUAUUAAGUAAAACUCAGUUAACCUUCGAACAUAAGCAUGUUUAUAUGAUUGGUUUUGGUGUGUGUAUAUGUAUGUGUAUGUUUACUUGUCUGCACAAAGUUCUUGUUUGUAAAUAUGACCAUGCACAUCAAAUCACAGGGUUGGGUUUUCUGGUCUGAACUCAGGGGAACACAAGUACACGGAGGGAGAAGUCUUAAGCGUCACUUCCAAAGACUUGCUCUGCUGUGACCCCCUCACUCAGUUGGUGUCUGGGUCUGUGUGGGCAAGUGGCGGGCACCUGGCCACAUGGCGCCCAGGGUACUUCCUCCCCAGUGGGCUGGGCAGUUCAUUGCCAAUGAGCCUUGCAGAAACUACAACAUUAUCUUUUAUGUAGUAUUGGCAUAUCUGGUUUCAUAAUAAAACAUUCUUAAUUGCACAAUAUGUCACUAUUAAUUUUGUAAUUAUUUAACCUGCAUAUUUUAUACAUUAUUUUGUUACAUUAUAUGGUAAUGUGCCAUUUGAAAUGUUUGUUUUAAUUUCUUUUCUAAAAAUGCAGAAUUUCCUAAACUUGAAAGGCAAUUGAAUGUACUAUGAUGGAAAUGUGAACAUUUUGCUGCUUUUGUGACCAGAGAUACAGGCUAGUGGACAUUUAGAGUAAGAGUUAGAGUCUUGUAUCUUGUAUGCCAUUCUUUGAAGGAGUUCUAGCCUUGUGAAUUGAGAAUGACUUAAGAGAAUUUUGACUGAAUUAAAUUCUUAACGAGUACCAACACUUAAAUAUAACCUUUAAUAUUUUUCAUUAUUAGUUCACAAAACAACAUUUUUCUUUUGAAUUUAUUUCUCAUUUACUCAUUUCAUAGGAGUUAGUAAAAAAGGUUUAUUUCUAGUAGUAAUAUCUCUUGAAAGAUAGUUUCAAAUUUAUUUUCCUCAGUGAACAUUUACAGUGUUGUAUAGAAAAGGGCAUAGUUUUCAAGAUGCCAUUGCAUUCAGGGUAUCCUUUUUGGGAAAAGAGUGUCUCCUUUAACAGUGUGGGUUCUGUUCCCUAUUUCGCUUUCUGCCACAGCAGUGGCCCCCAGCUGCUGCCCUGCCCAGCACCUCUGUCCGCUCUUGUUUUGGUGUAUGGUACCCUCAGCCCAGCUGUUCCAGAGUUGGAGGUGGCCACUGCCUUCCUGUUCCAGACAUUUUUAGCAGGUACCUCUCCCCUGAUUCUGAAGCAGAUUGACCCCCAAUUCAUCAUAUUCUAGUUGAAUUUUGAAAUGUGGAAUCUUGGGCUUCCAGCUUGUAGGAGCUGCAGAUUUAGUGGAGUGAGAAGGGGGAGUGGAUGGUAAGUGUGAUAAAGAGGAACUGCCUCUGCCAUAUUAGUCAUGUUUGUAAAGAUGCUUCUUUCUGCAGCUGGAGAGGUAAAUGGCUCCUAUAUAGCUCAACUGUAGGCUGAGAUGCAUACUUCUCUUAUCUUCCAGGAAAGCAGGAUUCCCUCCUGAGAGCCUUGUCAGAAACGGUUUUCAAAGCGUUUUCAAAGCAAGUACUGUGUCACUUGCAGUGACAAUGGCACUGUCUCUUGAUGUCUCAUGACCUGAGUUGAGUAUUCCUGUGGAGGGGUGCCUAGCUCCUUCAUCUGAACGGAAGAGGAUACCUGGGGGUGGGAACGGGAGCUCAUACGAAGGGUGGGGCAAAGUUAAUCCCAGGCCACUGUGCGGUUUCACCGUGCUUCCGCACAGAGUCCCAGAAAUAGUACAUCAGAGCUUCUGAGGCUGUCAGGUCAUUGAUGCCUAGGAUACCAUGACGAUGGGUGUCCGUAUGAAUGAAGAAAUCUGAGGAUAGGAGUCCAGUUUUGUGUGUUUCUAGGCAAAGUGCUUAAGUGUUUUUAUUUAUGCAGUUCAUGAUUUAUAUGAUGUGUGAAGCUUGCUUAAUGAAAUUUUUACAAGUUGGGUUAGAUUAGUAUUUAAAUACCUCGUUUAAAGGAUAGUUUAUUCCAUAAAUAGGGGAAAUAGAUAAAUAUGUGAAUCUUUUUAAGCCCUAGAGAUGAUGUUCCCAUACUUUCCCUGGAAAGGAAAUAAUAUUUAAUAUCUUACAUAGCCUGUAGAGAAUACCAACUAUUCCUCUGUAAUACAGUAUAUUGUUUGCACUACUAUAAUGUCAAGACUGAAAGUAUAAAAACUGUACAUAAAUGUACAUACAUGGUUGAAUUUUAUAUCCUUUUUAAAAAGGUUUGAGUCUGUUGCCUUAGGCUAUCCUGACUAGUUUAAAACUGAGAGAUGUUAUGCCAGAUUUAUAAAUCACUAGUUUUGGUACUUGUGUCUUUGUAUGAUCAACAGCAUGCAUUAAGCAAUACGAGCACCGACCACCAAGCCUUAUGCUUACAAGGGAAGUUUAACAUUGGUUAAAGUUCUAAACAUAAUAAAUGUGUGUAAGUGACAAAACUAGAUUUUUAAGGAAAUGUACAUUAUAAUAUAGGAGUUCAGUACUACUUUGAGAAGCCUCUUUAGAACCAGGAAAACCUUCUUUUGUUCGGGGAGAGAGUUUAGAGGCUUAAGAAGUUUUAUUUUUAUAUUGAAAGAAGUUAAGUUAUUGUAUAAUUUGGAAGAAGUUGCUUUACACAUAGAACAAAACUGUCAAAAGAUUUUUGUUUGAAAAAAAAUUGAUGUAUUUUUGUGCCUUAAUAUUUGUUCUGACUUUAAAUAAAAUGCUUUCUGAAAUUUGA